GGCAACGAGGGUUUCUGAUUCUUUGGUUUUUGCCGCUCUCGUCUUCGCACUUCCUCUCUCUUUCUGCGUCUUUCUCUACUGCGAUUCCUUUCGCUUGCUCGAGGUCGAUGGCGUCGUCCCCUUCGCGGGAAUCCCUGCUGGAGGAGUCAUGUACGGAGUGAAGCCUCGGCUCCGGAAGAAACCCUAGGAAAUUUCCCCCUUCUUCGAUCUCUCCUUCGCUCUCUCUGUCUGUUCGACAUGGCUCGCGUGGAGAACCCCUUCGCGCUUCUGAUAGAAGAAGAGAGCGACGACGUCUCCGUCCUCGUCGCCGCUGUCUCCAGCAAGGCGGCCGCCCUCGAGAAGAAGGCUGCGCCGGCACCGGCCCCUCCCGCCAAGCUUCCCUCCAAGCCGCUUCCUCCUGCCGAGGCUGUCAAGGCUGAGAGGGGACGGGGACGGGGCGGACGAGGCCGGGGCUUCGGAAGGGGUGGUGCGGAUGCUGGUAUUGGCGGGCGGGAGAGUAAUGGAUACGUCGACGAUUGGCGCGGACGCUCUGAUGGUUAUAAAAGGAAUGCUGGUGGUGAAUUCGAUGGGAAACAGUUUGACGAAGGUGGACGAGGUCGUGGGCGCGGUCGUGGGAGAGGCCGAGGAAGGGGUCGGGGUUUUAAUGAGGACCGAGAGUUCGGUGACGAAAAUCGUGUUUAUGGAAAUGAAGGUCGGGAGGACCAUGGUCACGGAAAUGGAGGAUGGGGUGCCGAAAAUGAGAGUGGUGAUGCUUAUGGUGAUGUGAAUCGUCCAUUCAGGAAGGAGAACAGGCCAUAUGGAUAUGAAAACAGAGGUUUCGGUGGUGAGAAUCGGAACUAUCGAAGUGGUGAAAGGCGUCAAUAUGGUGGUGGUGAGGGAGGUCGUUAUGGAAGAAACGAUGGAUGGAAUACAGCUGAACAGAAGCAGAAUGAAGGUGAUGGAAAUAAAGAAACUGUUAACAGCGUUGAGGCCACCGGAUGGGAUAUUCCAGAGACUGUUGAGGCGCCCAAAGAUGUAGAGACUGAAAAGAAAGCUGAACAAGUUGAUUCUGAAGAUACGACAGAGAAGAAGGCUGCAGAAGAAGAAGAUAAGGAAAUGACUCUUGAUCAAUAUGAAAAGAUGCUUAGUGAGAAGCGGAAGACCUUGCCGACAAUGAAAAGUGAAGAGAGAAAAGUUAUCCUUGACAAGGACUUUCUGGAAAUGCAACUCUUGGAGAAGAAAAAAGAUGAUGACAAUCUGCUCAAGCUGAGAGCUGAUAAAGAGAAGCUUAAGAAGAAAGACAGUUUUGAAAAAGAAGAAAAAGUUCGGAAGUCAGUGAGCAUAAAUGAGUUCCUGAAACCGGCUGAUGGUGAAAAGUAUGUUGGCCCUCCUACACGAGGUCGUGGAGGGCGUGGACGUGGUCGAGGUGAAAGAGGGGGCUUUCGGGGAGGUUUUGGCCAGCGGCCAGCUGGUGCUGAUGAUGUCCCUGCCCCUUGUAUCGAGGAUCCUGGUCAGUUCCCACAGCUAGGAGGGAUGUGAAAGGAUUCGCUUUGAUAUAGUCAGCAGCAGGUCAUGUUUUUUCUGAGGAUACAAGGUUCUUGUUUUUGGGCCUUUUUGUUUUGUUUCGUUUCCACCUUUUAAUUGGAUUAUAUCAUAUAGAGAGUCAAGGAUGCUGUUUUUCCUCUUAUUGUUGUCAAGCUUUAGUCUAUUAUUGUGCUAAAAUCUUUCGCUCUCUCUUUCUCUAUGCUAUGUAUCUCAUAUAAAGGGUUGGAAAUAUAAGAACAAAAACUGACAAGUAA